CACUCCUCCGCCAGUCGUCCAUCACCCAACACCGCUCAAUUAGCUCCACCAUGAGCACCGCACCAGCUCAAGACAGCGACUCGAACGUACCGCAGGUGGCGCAGGACGCAGUCCUUGUAAAGUCGGAGAGCCUUGAGGGCAAGAGCGCCCAUGUUCGUGGCUACGACUUCAACGAGGGCGUCAACUACGAGAAGCUCAUGCAGUCGUACGUGACUAUGGGCUAUCAGGGCACCAACCUGGGCGAGGCCAUCGAGGAGAUCAAGCGCAUGCGUAAGUGGCGUCUGAGCGACGACCCCGUGUCUCCAGAAGAGCACGACGAGGAGCGUAAGGACCCGGAGUUCCGUAAGACCGUGAAGACCAAAAUCUUCCUGGGGUACACGUCCAACCUCAUCUCCAGUGGCCUGCGCGAGACAUUGCGCUUCCUAGCGCAACAUAAGAUGGUGGACGUGAUUGUGUCGUCAGCUGGUGGUAUCGAGGAGGAUUUCAUCAAGUGCCUGGCUCCUACGUACAUCGGAGACUUCUCUCUAAAGGGAGAGAAUUUGCGUCGUCGCGGUAUUAACCGUAUUGGCAACUUGCUGGUUCCUAAUGACAACUACUGCAAGUUUGAGGACUGGAUGGACCCCAUUCUGGACAAAAUGUUGGAGGAGCAGAAGACGCAGGGCACGGUCUGGUCUCCGUCCACUAUGAUCCAUCGGUUGGGUAAGGAGAUUAACAACGAGGACUCGGUCUACUACUGGUGCUACAAGAACAACAUCCCUGUCUUCUGCCCAGCGCUCACGGACGGAUCCAUUGGCGAUAUGAUCUACUUCCACUCGUACCGUAACGAAGGACUGGUACUGGACAUUGCCAGUGACAUUCGUCGUAUGAAUGACCACACGAUCCGCGCUCCUGGCAAGACGGGCGUCAUUAUUCUCGGUGGCGGUAUGGUCAAGCACCACAUCCUGAACGCCAACCUCAUGCGCAACGGUGCCGACUACGCCGUGUUCGUGAACACUGGCCAAGAGUUUGACGGUAGCGACGCUGGUGCUCGCCCCGACGAGGCCAUAUCGUGGGGUAAGCUGCGUCUGGGUUCCAAACCAGUCAAACUCUACGCUGACGCUACGUUGGUUUUCCCGCUUAUCGUGGCGGAGACUUUCGCCAAGGAUUUCCACAACGAGAAGAAAGAGGAGGCUGCCAAGAGCUCGUAAUGAUCGUAAUGAACGCAUCGCGCACUACUUGUUGUACUCUUUUAUCUACCAGACCGCCGUCAGAUUUACUGAACUAGCUGCUUAUUCGCUACGUUUUGAGUUGUGACUGACUGUUCUUGUUGAUGUCUGGGGCAAUUGCAGGCUGAAGAGAAGCAACAGGAAAACCAGCAUUUGGGAACACAGUCUUCCGAGGUACACACAGCAGUUCCUGCUCAAGAUCCCCGUAGAAAAGUUCCUGAAGAACGUUGAACACUGUGUUCUCCAUCACAUCGGCAAUAAUCGCCUGGCAGUCAUCGUCUUGCCGGACUUCGUGGUACAGAGUUUCCGGCGGCUGAAUGGCCUUGGCUCCUUCUGACGUUGAAGCGUGUUCAAGGGCGCGAUCGGAGCGAGGAAGUGGCACGAGCUGCUCUUCCAGGGCCCCUUGGAUCACGCUGGAUGUCAACACGUCCAUCACUAGAGUCUCCAUGACAUCGUACAGUACGUCUCGACAUCUUGCAGCAGCAAACUCAUCUUCGAUGACGGAUGAGGAAGCAGUACCAGGUUUGCUGGUCAAUACCUUGUCACUGCCCAUACAACCUCUGCUUUUGAGUCCUCUGGUUGUUCUGGUUGGAGUGGUUGUAUCUCUCGUACUGGACAACGAAGGAGUCUUCACGUCUGUGGCAGGUACCGGAAGAACACGCAAAAUCUCCUUCGUAGUCGGUAAUGGCAUCUUUAUCAGCUCUUCACGUGGAUAAAUCCUCUCCAUCACAUCCAGUGGCAGAACGUGUGCGUAGAUGCGUACGAAGAGAGGAGUCGGCUCCAAGUCAGCCAAUGCUUCCAGUUGACGACUGUCACUACUCGACAUCAUGCCAGUUCUUUCUGGAGAUCCCUUGCGAGUUGAUUGAGACGGCAACAAAGUGUUCCGUGAACUGCUAUGACUGCUACGUUGCGCCAUCGACAGCGUCUGUGGAUGAGGAGAGUCGUUGCUGCUUAGUGCCAAUUUCAGCACAGACCUGCCACGCUUGUCGACAACCGCUUCUUGUGUUGCUGUUGAGCGAUGGAUAAUCGACAUUCGAGUCUUGUUGUCGUUAUUUCGACUUGAAGCGCUUGUAUUCGUCUGCCCCUUAGAUCGUGUCGGACUUCGUGAUACUGCGUUGUUGCUAAUAGAGUCCGUAUGCUCGUCGCUGUAGAUGAUCGUGCAAGCCACAUCGUGAUUAACGACAAAGGCAUCACCUCCUGCAACAACACUAACACGAAUGAGCGCUCUCUCGCCCGGUCCAAGCUCGCCACGCUUCGGUGAGAACGAGAUGGUCCCAUUAGCAACAAGAGGAUGCAUUGAGUCCCAUUCGAAGACGAAACUGCGUGGACUCACAUCGGAAUCUCGACCAUUCUCGUUUUGCAAAACCAGUAGCUGAUUCGCUUCCGAGUACAUUGAAACGUGGCCGAAGUCAACGUAAUCUGACACGAAGCAAGCUGGCAGAUCUGGAAUACUCAAGGCUUGUUUCUUCGGCGGUGCCGUUGAAAGCCAUAGCUCGCUUUUUAUCUGCUGCAAUGUCCAUUGCUUGGGAUGGUAUCCUGUUGCAACGAUGGUGAUCUCCACCAUUUCCUUGUAUCCUUUUCCCAUUAACCCGUGCGCUUUAAGCAAUAGUGGAACCUCGAUGGUGCCCACUUUGAUCGGGUUGAAUUCGAUGUCGAGGAAAACGGAGCCUUUGGCUGGAAUAAUUUCAGAGUUAUUGGCACAGGCGAGCACUUGAUACCCAUAGUUUGCAGCAUUGACUUGGUUGAACGAGACACUUCCGAUGUCCAAACGUAAAGCGCUGUCACCACGGUUAAACACUUUAAUUUGCUGAACUGGAGGUCUACCAAUUCGAGAAUGCACC